GCACUGAUAGGCAGCACUGAUGGGCACUGAUGAGGUGGCACUGAUAGGUAGCCCUGAUGGGCACUGAUGAGGCAGCACUGGACCAGGGGCGGACUGACAACUCCUGGGGCCCCCGGGCAAUAGAGGAUCAUGGGGCCCCUGUGUCCUUGCCCAAUCUCAAAAAAGCCUAUGAAAAAGGUACCAGGGGCAUCUCAUGGGGCCCCCUACUGACCCCGGGCCCUCGGGCAGUGCCCGAGUUUUUCCAAAUGGUCAGUCCGCCU